AUGUUUUUAUUCUAUGUGUUACUUUUAGUAAACACAUCAGAACAACAACAACAACAGCUAAAUAAUUCAACAACGACAGCAACAUGUAAUUUUACUGCAUGUAAUUCUGAACGAAUUGCAUGUUCAUCGAAUCUUGAUUGCGAUUGUUUUUCAUUAACAUCCAAUUCGAAUAUAGGAAUAUGUGCUUCAACUAUUUUUUCCUGUGCAAGUGUUGUACGAUGUAAUAUGGAUAAUGUAACUUGUUCAAUCGAGAGUACAAUCUGUGUGAAUAGUACACGAUGUGGUCAACCAAUAUGCUAUCCAUUACCUAUGGCAAGUAAACAAAUAUGUUCACCAAAGGCUGUUACAAGUACAACAUUACGAACAACAACUACAGUACAUACAACAAGCACAACUAAAUCUACAACAAAGAUUACAACAACAACUCAAAAGACUACAACAACAGUUAAAUUCGGCAACACAACUAAUCAAUCUAGUACAGCUACUAGAUGGUUUUCUACUGGCAAAAUGAUUAAUGCACGAUAUUAUCACACAGCAUCUAUAUUAUCAAAUGGAAAGGUAUUAGUUACUGGUGGAUACGAUAAUGGUAGUAGCUUAAACAAGGCUGAGUUGUAUGAUCUAUCGACAGGUACUUGGACAAGUACAAGUAACAUACAUAAUGCGCGUUCUUCUCACACGGCAUUAGUGUUAUCAAAUGGAAAAGUAUUAGUUACUGGUGGAUUCGGUGAGAAUAUUAUUCUUAACAGUGUUGAAUUAUAUGAUCCAUCAACAGGUGCUUGGACAACUGCCGGUAAUAUGAUUACUGCACGAUAUGGUCACACAGCAUCUAUAUUAACUAAUGGAAAAAUAU